AAAUAUGGAUUCUGACAACAGAAGGCUAUGACAAUCAAUCUUCAAAUCUUGAAAAUUAUUCCUUGCUAAGAUGAACACUGCCCGGAACAGCUUCUCGGCAGCUACUGGUUUUGGCAGAGUCGAAGCAUCCAUUUUCGGUGAAUCUGCCCUAAUCGAUCGAGAGACGGGACGGGUAUAUUGGGAAUGUGGUGAUUCGAACACGUUGUAUGAAAGCAUAACGCCGAAAUUGGAUCAAUACGGAGUUGAACAUGCCCAAGCAACCUUCUUGACCAUCGUAAUCACGCUAGCGUUUCUGAGUGUCUUGUCGGGAUGGUUACAGCGAGUGAUUGCCUAUUAUAACUCUUCGGUGUCAACUCGAUCACUAUCAUUAUUGAUACUACUAGCGGAAUGGACAAUACUGAAACUUCCAAAGAUCGAAAACAAGUGGUUGGUCUUAGCCUCCUUGAUCUUUUACUUUUAUGAAUCGUACAACUGCAGCACGCGACAUUUCCUUGCCAAUGCGAUGUCGAGUUCGAGUGAAUUGGACACUUAUAUCGAUAGUUUACGGAAUGAACAGCCAAUUGUGACGUGGAAGGUGAAAACAUUUCACUAUGAGCUUCGAAGAAUAUUUGCAAUCACGACCAUUAUCCGAUCGCUAUUCCGCAGUGUCAAGAAAACCGGUGCUGUGCAAGAGUUAUCGACAUCGACGUCUGCGUUGCCCUCGUCAAGACCCCUCGACAUGGGAUUACCGAUAAAAAGCGCGAGAAACACCCCGCCCAUGUUUUUGAUUACUCGCAAGGUAGUUACGAACGAGGCUUCCGCAAAUUAUAUGUACACCAGUUGCAAUGACAAUACGAUUGCAGGUGUCUGGACCAGGGCACAAACAGAUUCGGAUGACGGUAGUAUUGUUCCCUUCACCAAAAUCUCUUUAUCGAAAGUACUUGUAUUGGCAGACAAACGAUCGAGGGAACACUACUUUCAGCAGCAAUCCGAUUUCGUUACCAAGUAUGGUCGAGAGGAUGAGUUCGCCGAAUUUUCAACCCACAUUGAUGUGACUGGAUAUCGCCCUCGGCUUUUGGCACACAACGAUUGUACACAAUGGAAAACAAGAAUGUUUCGAACAUCUAUCUUUUGGAUGUUUACGUGCCUUGGUUUAACUGUCCCCUACCGCGUCUGGUUCAAGCGCCACUGUGACUUUAUUCGAGUCACAAUAGUGAAAGAAACCAAAGCAAUGGGUGCAACGGAUAGUUACUUAAGAAGUUGGUUUCCAUCCCAGGGAUCGCUUCGGUUCAGCAAAAAGAAAAGGGAUUGAACCGAGUCUUGCCGUGUUGUGCCAGCAAACUGUAUGAAAGUAGUGCAAAUAUUGGGUGAUUCCUGUUAUUCUACAGGCGCUUUCUAAAUUUUCUACAAUGUGAUACUUUGACACACGUACAUUUAGAUUGACUCAAUCUAAAUCUAAGUUAAUCGAACCAUACCCCUGACCCCGUUCUAAAUAAGAGAUUUAGAUUGGAACUCCCAGCUUAAAAAGUAUGAAUGCCUCGACUACCAUGGGGCAAGCAUUGUUCGUCUCAGCAGAUUCCAAAUUCCUACUAUUACAAGUCUGGUAGUUCAUAAGAAGGUUGUCUACUGGAAAUCAAUGCCCCUUUUUCUAAACCUGGUUCUUCUCAUUUUCAGAAUAAAGAGAUUAAGAAAAAACUUGAAGAGGAAUGGCCCAAUAUUUUUUGGCACAAACUUAGGAUUCAUGAAUAUUUACACUCCUUUAAGUGCUUGCUUUGAGCUGUGACGAGAGAAUACAUACUGAACACAGAG